CACUGGCAUGGGGUGGGGGGAAUCAGGAAUAUUCCUUCCCAGAUAAAUAUAAACCGGGCAUUUACAAAAUAAAGGCACAUUGAUUUGGAAGAGAGGGGCAUUGACCUCUGGGCAAUAUGAGGUGGCAUUUGAGCUUAGGGCCUUAGGGGUUCCAAGAGGAUGAAGUGGAAGGAGUGACUUCCAGGGUUUGAGGAGACGGCUUGUAUGCAUGCACAGAGGCACAUCAGCGAGCAGGCAUCAGCUGAGGCGCACAGCGCAUGAAGGGAAGCCUGGAAGAAGGUGGCAGCCAGCCUGCCAAGGGCUUCCUGUGCCAAAGGGGAGUUUCUGCUCCAUCCUCGGCCGCUGGGGCAGUCUUACUGAAGCUUUUUGAGCAGAAUCGUGUCGUGGUCAGUUCUGUGCUUGGACUUCCCAUUUGACGGCAGUGUGGAGGAUGAGGGAUAGAAAGAAGAGACUGGAUGCAGAGACACCAAUUACGAAAGUCCAGACAAGGGAUGAUGAGGAGCUGGACCACAGUAGUUGGAGCUGGGCACAGAUACUGAGGUGGAAUUCAAGGCUUAGCAGCUGCUUGGCCAGAGAAGGGAGUGAGGAGAGAUUGGGAAGCCACGAUUGACUCCCAGCUUGUGAAUUUGGCAAAGAUGGUGCCCUUGGCAGAAGGGAGGAAGUUAGGAGAAAGGGGCAGGAAGACGUGAGUUUGGUUUGGACGGUUUGGAAUUUGAGAUGGCUGUGGGUGGCGAUGUCUGGUGGGCAGCUGGGAAGGUAGAACUUGAUGGAGAUAGGAGGGCAAGGCCCGUGGAAUGGGGAGGGAAGGAAGGAGGGCAGAGACCCUGCUGAGCAGAGAGAGGAGCCAGGAUGGUGCCAGGCGGGUGGCCCAUACCAGGGAUGACACUGGAGUUGUGGGAGAGAGAUUGCGGGCGACCUUGCAACAAGUGAAUUCAUUUUCGUGAAGGAAUUGGAAGCCGGACUGCAAGGAAUUGAGAGGUGCUAGGACCUUCUCCAUCAAGUGACCAUGUUUCUGUUUCGUAUAUGCUUAACUAUAGGCCCCUGUUGUCUCCCUUGGUUAGACUGGGCACACCCCCACCCACACCCCCUCAGUGCCUGGCGCAUAGUAGGCCCUUACUGAAUGCUUGCAGAUGAGGCUAUAGAGCACCAGAUGCAGGCUGUGGGGCCUUGUGGAAGGAGGGUAGACCCUGUCCCACCAUCCGGGUUUGAAUCCUGCUGGGCCACUGCUGGGCAGCCUUGUGCCCGCCCCUGCCCCCGGAAAAAGGGGAAGGUGAACCAGGGACAGAGGAAUGGCUUGACAGUCCUUGAGGGCAUGGGUUUCCGUGUGGGCCAGGGCCUGGCUGAGAGGCUGCCCCGAGGGGCUCUGGUCUUCAAAGAGGAGCUGGACACCAUCAAGUUCCUGUGCAGGGACCUGUGGGGGGCAGUGUUCCGGAAGCAGACGGACAAUCUCAGGACCAACCACCAGGGCACCUACAUCCUGCAGGACAACAACUUUCCCUUCCUGACUCAGAUGGCCUGGGGCCAGCAGUAUCUGGAGGAGGCCCCCAAGUUUCUUGCCUUCACGUGUGGCCUUCUCCGGGGUACCCUCAGCGCCCUGGGCAUCGAGAGCUCUGUCACAGCCAGCGUGGCCUCCCUUCCUGCCUGUAAGUUCCAGGUGGUGAUUCAGAAGGCUUAAAAGACCCCAGGCCCAAGCAUUGGCCCUUCCGCAUCUGCUGAGGCAGGUUCUAGAUCCCGGCCCAGGGCCCAGAGAGUGCGCAUUAGGGUUAGCUGGGAGACCCUGCUUUCUGGGAUAACCCCUUCGUUCCUAAUGGAAAAUUAUAGGGUGCUUUACAUGGAUUCACAACCAUCCCAGGGAUUAGGCAACGAGUAUCCCCAUUAUACAGAUGAGAAUACUGAGGCUUAUGGAGGGAAAGGACUGCCGGGAGAUGUUGAAGCUGGAACAAUGGAUUCCUCCUGCUGGGGGUCCCGAGCUUUGAGGAGCUCCACCCUGUGCCCCUUCUACGUGGUCCUUGACCAGGGGCCAAGACCUCGCUGCCUCCUGGAGCGGCCGUCUCUUCAUGGAUGGGUCUGAUUUUUAGGAGGGCUGUAGAUCUCCAUCCCUGAGUGCCUGCUUCUUGUGCCCCCAGGGACCAAGUGAGAUAAAUCUGGGACCCCUCCCCCGUGACAGCCCUUCUAACGCCGGAAGGCCGAGCAGUGGGAAGAGCCCUGACCUCCCAGCACUCUCUUUCUUCCAGGCUUGGUUUCCCCAGGCGUUUUCCCAUUGUGCCUUAGCAUGGUCUGCAGUCCUCUGACUAUCCUGGUUCCCAUUUUUCGGACAGGCCCCCCUCUCUCCAUGCCUUUCCCGAGAUGGGAGCCCAGACCUAAUCCUCUGCUCCCAGAGUGGUGACCCCAGCAGGUCACCCAACCAGGGUUGAGAAUCUGGGGAACCGUUUGGGGCUGUGGGUAUUUGUUGGAACCAUGAGGUCCUAAGAAGGUUAGUGGUUCUGGAGUCAUGGAGGAGCCUGGGUGACGGCCGGGGUCAGGAGCUGGAAGGACCCGGGCUCAGGGAGGCACAGUCAGCCCCAGAGGCUGAGGGGCCCUCUGGGCAGCAUUCCGAGGUAUUCUCCAAUAAAGCCUAGACCUGGCUGCGUGAGCCUCA